AUGGAUGAAAAUAAGGAACAAAUUAUUGAUCCACAACCUUUACCGUUACCUUCUUCACCUUUGACGACAAAAGUUCAUUUACUAACUCCUGAAUCAUCUCAAGAUUCUUUAUUUGAUCAAUUAAAUCAAGAACAAACAUGCCUUCAAGAACCGGUGAAAAAUCUGAUUGUCGAAGAUUUUAAUUCUAAUGAAUUAGAUCAUAAUGCUGACAAUCAAGAAUUUCAAAUGACAAGCUUCAUUGAUGGUUUAGACAUUGAACAAACAUAUCGAUAUAACGAAUAUUUUGGACUUACAUUCCCACCAUACACUCCAUAUUAUCUUACUACAAAUAGUCAGAUAACUACGGAACCUUGUGGAUUGGAUAUUUUCCUUGAGAAUCCCAAUGUCGAAUGGGAUUUUGGAGAGAAUGAAUUUUUAAGUUUUUAA